AUGGCAAAAAUUAUAGAUAAUUAUAUACUAAUUGAAGCAAUUGGAUAAGGAUCCUUUGGAGAAAUACACAAAGGUCGAAAUUUAAUUUCAAAAGAAGCAGUUACAGUGAAAACAAUAAAAUUAGAUAGAUUUUUAAAUGAUUCUCUCUUGAAAGAAAUGAUUAUUAACGAAAUUUAAGCAUUGAAAAAAUUAGAAGAUUAACACAUUGUAAGAAUGAUAAAGAUGUUAAAAUCAGCAAAUAAUAUCUAUUUAGUCUAUGAACACCUUAAUGGAGGGUCUUUGGAAAAUUAUUUAUAGGAAAAAGGCAGAUUAUGUGAAUAAGAAGGACGAUAACUUAUGACAAAUAUAUUUAAGUAAUGAUAAUUAAUAAUAACUAGAGGAUUUAAAACUUUAAACCAUGAAAAAAUAAUACAUAGAAAUAUAAAUCCUUCUAAUCUAUUUUUUAAUGAUGGAGUUAUUAAAAUAAAGAACUUUUUUUGUUGUAAAUCAUUAACUAGUUAAAAAUUAUUUGAUCCAGGUAUAUUUAUAUAUGAAUAUAUUAGAGAAUUAUUUAUAUACUGCUCCAGAAAUAUUGUUAAAGACUUAAUAGACUUAAUAUGAAGAUAAAUGUGAUAUAUUCUCAUUAGGAUUGGUAUUUUACAAGAUAUUUUUUGGAUAAUUACCAUUCCCUGAAAAUAUUGAGUAAGAUUAACUCAUAGAAUUGUAUUAGUCUUAAGAUUUCAAUCCAAUAAUUGAAGGUUUGUCUGAAAAUACAUCUUAAAUCUUAAAUGGAAUGCUCUAAAUUGAUCAAUAAAGAAGAAUUGAAUGGUAAACAUUAUUUCAUGAAGAUGAAGUACCCACAACCUAAGUACUUGGAAAUUCAACUAACCAAAAUUUUGCAUCAAAUUAUUAAAUUAAUUCAUAAGUUUAAUAAUUCGAGACAGUUGGUUAAUAAAACUUUUACAUAUCCUAAUAAUCUUUAUAAAAUCAAAUAACUGCAAGUCCUAAUGAAUUACUAAAAAGAAGAAAUAAUUAAUCAGAUAAAGAAAAUAUUAAAGUCAUAAAAGAAAAUGAUAAUAAUUAUUAAUGUAAUAAAACUGUUGAAAAGGAGUCUAAUAUAUCAUAAUAUUAAAUACCAAUCUAAUAAUAAUAAUAGACAUCUUAAAUUUAAUAAAUUAAUGCUUAGUAAAGUGUUGUUAAAUAAAUAUAAAAUUAAUUAUUUGAUCUUAGAUAUAAAUUUAAUAUUCUCAUCAAAGGAAUUAUAAGAAUUGAAUAACUAGAAAAUUGGUCAGCUAAAAUUAAAACAGAAAUCUGCAUGAUCUUUUUAAUUAAAAAAGCUAUUAAAUUUAUAAAUGAAAUGAUUGAUAUAUGUUAAAACACUGAUAAAUAAUGGGUCAUGUUUAAAAAUAAAAAUGAUUUCAUUAAAAUAUUAUAGAAAGAUUAUGAUGAAUUAUUAGCUUAGUUCAAAUACCUUAAAUAAAUUGUAAAUAAUUCUAAUUUAUUUUUAGAAUAGUUGCUAACAUGAAGAACUUAAUUCUCAUGAAAUUAUUGAUGAAUAAUAUAUUGAUAAUGUAUUAAUAAUGAUAGCAAAAUAAAUUUCAAUGGAUUUUGGAUAAAUACGAUCAAGUAUACGUGGAAAUUCUUAAAUUAAAAGCAAUGUAAUAUAUUUAUCUAAUUUUUAGUCUUUUAAUUAUGAAUAAAAUAGUUAAAGAAAUGGUAGCUUUAUUGAAUAAAAGCAAAAUAUUUCAAAUUAAUAAAUUUUCGCAAUCUUUUUGAUUGAUUUAGUUAAAGGAUAAAUCUAGGAUGAUGAUUAAAGAAAUUACUUUAAAAAAAUAGAAGAAUCAAAAUUGACAGAAUUGUUAGAUUUUAAAUUAAAAUAAAUUUGA